AUGAAGGGUGUCAGCCUGAACCUCCAGCGCAUGGCUCGCGCCAUGGGAUCAGUGUCUCAGUCAUGGGAAGCCAUCCACGUCGCCGGCACAAACGGGAAGGGGUCGGUCUGCACAUACUUGUCGGCUCUCUGUAAACGUUCCAACAUUCACAAUGGCUUGUUCACGUCACCUUACCUAGUUGAGCCUCGAGACGCCAUCAAGAUUGAUGGUGUCCCAAUCCUUCAGAGGAAUUAUGCCCGUUAUCGGCAGCAGAUCAUGGAUGACCAGGCCUUGAGGACGGCAGAAGACGGACAAGGAGACGUGCCGACCAGUAGAGUGCUGGCUCCGUUGACCGAGUUUGAGCUGGUCACCAUGACGGCCUUCACAGCGUUCGAUGAUGCCACGAUCGAUGUGGGAAUCGUGGAAGUCGGCUUAGGUGGGCGGCUAGACUCAACCAACGCACUCCGCACCAAGAAAGUCACUGUCAUCACCAAGAUUGGACUGGAUCAUCAAAAAAUGCUCGGCGAGACCCUGCCCGAGAUCGCUAGGGAGAAAGCAGGCAUCAUGAUGGCCGAUGUGCCAUGCGUUGUGGAUGGCAGCAACCCGCCAGAGGUUCUCGAGGUUUUUCGCCAACACGCACUCGGAGUCGGUGCGCCCCUCUACUUGACGACAGAUUGCAGAGAUCUGUUGGAAGAGCUGUACCAGUCCGAGGUCAUGCCUCAUCAGGCCCAAAACAUGGCUUGUGCUAUCGCAGCUUUCCGCCUCGCCUUUCCCGAGGUGAAACUCUCAGUUGCCGAGGCGUUGCCUUCCGCUGGCACCCUAUCGGCAUAUGUAGAGAAGCAUACUUCCAAGCUGGAGAAACUCCAACCUUCGUCGAUCACAUUAAGCUCAUUCUAG